AUGACAUCAUCACCUCAAAUACGUCGUCAUCAAACAACUAGUACAACAACAACAGCGUCACAGAUGCCAAAACUUUUGCAUGCUUUUUGUUGUUGUUUAAGGCCUAAUCCUUUGAAUGAAAAAAACGACUCACGAUCUACUUGUGUUAAUACUAACAACAAUGUUUACGAUUCUUCUAGAGGAAUAUUACAACCAAUUGCUAAGACUGGAUCACCUAUAGUUAACAAAACAUCAGUUAGAUUAGCAGGAGAUUUGCGCCAAAGGCUUGACCCUACUACAACGACAAAAAGUGGAGGAAAAAGCAAAACUAAACAUGGAUUUAGUUUUAUUAUUGGAGGAGGGAAAGGCCAUCAACAACAACAAAAAAGAAUGGCAACACAAAUUACAGUUGAUGGAAAUUCUAAUAUAAUUGCUUCAAGUAAUAAUUGCUCAAACAACAAUAACAACAAUAAUACUAGCAAUAUUGCUAUUGAUGGACCUUUUCUUGGAAGUGAUAAUAAACAAAAUGAGCACUCAACAAGUAAUUGGUCAUCAUCACAAGCUGUUCAACAACAGCAACAACAAAAUAAUUGCUCUUCUCCAAUAACUUCACGGGUACAAUGGCCAUUAGCAGCAGCACCUCUUUUAUCUAGUCCAACACAUCGAGAUAGAAAUAAAAAGUGCUUAAUUUUGGAUUUGGAUGAAACAUUGGUUCAUUCUUCAUUUAAACCUGUCAAAAAUGCCGAUUUUGUUAUUCCUAUAGAAAUAGACAACGUUGUCCAUCAAGUUUAUGUUUUAAAAAGGCCACAUACUGAUCAUUUUUUGGAGAGAGUUGGUGCUCUUUUUGAAUGUGUUCUCUUCACUGCAUCGUUGGCUAAGUAUGCUGAUCCUGUAGCAGAUUUAUUGGAUAGACGUCAAGUAUUUCGCUUUCGUCUUUUUCGUGAAGCUUGCGUAUUUUUUGAGGGUAAUUAUGUUAAGGAUUUGGAAAAAUUGGGAAGAGAUUUACGCAAAGUUGUUAUUAUUGAUAAUUCACCAGCUAGUUAUGCCUUCCAUCCUAAUAAUUCUUUACCAAUCCGUACUUGGUUUGAUGAUCCGGAUGAUACUGAACUUUUGGACCUUUUACCUAUAUUAGAAGAAUUGGCUAGAGUAGAAGAUAUUUAUUCUUUAAUUGGCAACUUUCCUGCUUCUCUUCCCUCGUUACAACAACAACAACGUUAUCAACAGCAGCAACAACGACUUCAACAACAAUAUUCUUCCCCAUAUUAUCAAUCAACAACAACAACGAGUACAACAGGUCCUUCUUCAAUUAUAACACAAGCACCAAUGCCUUCUUGUGAUGCUAAUAACAAUACUACUAAAGCAUUUUCUACACUUUCAAUACGUAAUGGAGAAGAAGAGGAGGAUCAAAAAAAUAAACAACAAAAACAAUCAUCUUCAUUAAUAUAUAUUCAAAUGGAUAAUAAUAAUAGAAGGGGAGGAGGAGGAGUAGAAGAUGAAGAGAAUAAUAAUAUGAAGAAAAAAAGGGAAGAAAAUUUAAGACAAGAAGAAUUGCAAAGGUUAAGAAGAAGGAAUAAUAAUAAUAACAACAGCAAUGUUUACAAUAAUGUUUUGGAUACUUCAAACAUUUCAACAACAACAAACAACAUCAAUUUAAAUAAUAACAGAAAUAAUUCUGCUGCUUCUAGCAAUGUUGUAGAUUAUUAUUCAAUGUCUAGACCUUCAACUUCUUUUGGAGGGAAGAAAUGGAAAUAAAUAAAACUUGGUGAGAGGUAAAUAUAAUUUAUUCCGGAAUAGAGAAAAAUAAACUUUCCGGAAGGUU